CAAAAAAAAACAAAAAAAAUACAUAUAUAUAUAUUUUCUGAACCAACCAUGGAUCAGUUUCGUGCUUUAUUUGACAAACUGGACCAGAACAAAGAUGGAUUCAUAUCGGUGGCAGAGCUCCACAGCGAAAUGAGGAAGCAUGGGGUCAUCUCAGCAGAUGGCAAGGUCCAGAGUAUCAUUGAUUCUUAUGACAAAGACAAAGAUGGCCUGUUGGAUUACGAAGAGUUCCUCGGCUACAUGAUGGACAGAGAGAGGAAAUGGAAAAUUCACUUUCAUGACCUUGACAAGAACAAGUGUGGGGUGAUUGACCAGGAGGACGUCAUAUGUUUGUUUAAGGAGUUAGGAGUGGUCAUUUCAAGGCCGAAUGCAAAAAAAAUUAUACAAAUGAUGGAUAAGGACAGUUCGAUGACAGUGGACUGGGGUGAAUUCCUGCACCACGUCAUCCUCAACCCCGUGGAUGACAUCGGGGAGCUGGUGUCGUCAUGGAAACACCAGCUGGUUUUUGAUGUCGGGGAGAGCCGCGCGUUGCCCCUCGAAUUCCCCGAAGAGGCGUCUGGUUUUGGUGCGUGGAGGGCGUUUGUUCUGGCGGCCGGACUGGCAGACGCUGUAUCCCGGACUCUGACGGCACCAAUAGACCGCCUUAAGACCCAGCUUCAGGUCCAUGGAUCCAAGGCCUUCUCCCAAGGCUUUCAGGAGAUCCGAGGGGGUGGUCUGCGGUCGAUGUGGCAAGGCAAUGCUGUCAAUGUGCUGAAGGGGACACCGCAGUCAACGCUACAGUGUCUUAUCUACGCCCAGAUGAAGGUGUCCACCCAAAACAGAACCCAGGAGACCCUGACGGUGCAGCAGCGGUUCGGGCUGGGCUGCGUAUCCGGUGCUGUUGCUCACGCUGCCUUCUACCCUUUGGAGGUGUUGAAGGUGCGGCUGAACCUGCAGCAAGCCGGCACUUACAACGGUGUCGUGGCCUGUGCCCGAUCCAUUUACAGACACGAGUCUUUGUCCGCCUUCUACAGAGGAUUCGGGCCUAGCAUCCUCUGUAUGAUCCCCUACGCAGGCGUGGAGUGUGCAGUUCAUCAGUCCAUCAUGAACUGGGCAAAGAGUGAUCCAGCCUCCAACAGCGACUCCAAACUGUUUUUCUUCAGUUUUGUGGCCUUUGCCUCUGGACAAGUGACCAGUUACCCACUGGCGGUGAUCCGCACUCAGCAGCAAGCACAGGCUUUCAGCUCAGAUUCACGCCCAGCUUCAGGCGUUUUACAAGGACUUAUUGGGAUAUAUGAGAGACGUGGAAUUAGAGGAUAUUAUAACGGCAUGGGAGCCAGCUUUGUCAGGGCUGUUCCUUGUGCCUUGAUAAACUACACUUUAACUAGAAAAUUUGAAAAUCUGUUUUCUUCCAUGGAGCCCUGAGAUUCAGCAAAGAGGUUGCUUUCUUUGCAUGCUGAACUGUUGCUUUAAAAAAAAAAA